GCUGAACAUAAACCCAGGUCAUUUUCUUCUUCUGUUCUGUGUCAUUAAUCCGACCGGCACUCCCUGGAAGUUUCAAACCUUUGUAGCUUUUUCUCUCCGGCGAGCUUUCCUCCAAUGACAACCUCUCAUCCUCUAUUUCUUUUAUUUGUUCUUCACUCAGCCGUUCUGGUUGCCGCUCAGAGUUACCGAGCUUCUAAGAACACUACCAGCCCAUGGCAGACGUUACAUGGAAAUGCACCUUUAGUCAUAGCGAAGGGUGGCUUUUCAGGGAUCUUUCCAGAUUCCAGUAUUGAUGCCUAUGAGUCCACUUUAUUAUUAUUGUCCAAUGUAAUCUUAUGGUGCGAUGUGCAAUUGACAAAGGAUGGAGCUGGGAUAUGCUUUCCAUACCUCAAUCUAGAUAACUCUUCUGACAUUACAUUCUACAUUCCAAAUGAUUCUAAAAAUAAUAGAAUAUACUAUGUCAAUGGGCAACCUAUGCAAGGACACUUUUCCGUGGACUUUACCUUGAAUGACUUGAAAAAUUUCUUCCUUGUUCAAGGAAUCUUCUCUCGAUCAAAUGUUUUUGACCAUAUUUUGGGUAUUCUUACUGUUGAAGAUGUGGCAAAACAAUUGAAGAAACCAGGCUUAUGGUUGAAUGUUCAGUAUGAUGCAUUCUUUAAGCAACACAAUUUGAGUAUGAGAAGCUUUGUGCUUUCUGUAUCAAGACGUGUAAAUGUUAGUUACAUAUCAUCACCAGAAGUAGCUUUUCUCAAGAGUAUUACAACACAAUUUAAGCGGAGCACAACAAAACUGGUCUUCCGCUUUCUAAGGGCUGACGAUAUUGAACCUACAACAAACCAGACCUAUGGCUCAAUAUUGAAAAAUCUUACAUUUGUCAAGACAUUUGCCUCUGCAAUCCUUAUCCCAAAGAAUUACAUAUGGCCUGUAAGGACUGACCUAUAUCUGCAACCCCAUACCUCUGUUGUGUUGAAUGCUCAUGGGGAAGGACUUGAGGUCUUUGCAUCAGAUUUUGCCAAUGAUGGGCUUAUUAGCUACAAUUACAGCUAUGAUCCAGUGAAGGAAUAUCUUUCAUUCAUUGACAAUGGUAAAUUUUCUGUUGAUGGCAUCUUGUCAGACUUCCCUGUAACUGCAUCAGAAGCCAUAGAUUGCUUUGCUCAUGUAAGCACAAACAGUUCUGGAAAAGUACCACUUAUUAUCUCAUACAAUGGAGCUAGUGGAAUCUACCCCGGUUCUACGGAUAUUGCAUAUAUGCAAGCUUUUGAUGAUGGUGCUGAUGUUAUUGACUGUGCUGUUCAAAUGACACAAGAUGGGGUUCCCAUAUGUUUGGGCUCUAUAAAUCUUAUGGACAACACAAAUGUUAUUCAAACAAAUUUUCUCUCUCGCCUCACUACCAUUCAACAAAUUCAGCCAAACCCAGGAAUUUUUACAUUCAACCUUACAUGGGAUGAGAUUAAAACCUUAAAGCCAUCUAUAGCUAAUCCAUUCAUUGGAUCGUACUUAUAUCGCAAUCCUGCAUAUAAAUAUACUGGAAACAUCUUCUCACUAGAAGACUUUCUGGCAUUUGCAAAGGGCAAACCACUUUCUGUCUUGAUCAGCAUAGAGAAUGCAACCUAUCUUGCAAAGAGUCUGGGCUUAAGCAUUACUGAUGCAGUGAUUGAUGCUUUAAACCAUUCUGGCUAUAACCAAACCAAACAGAAGGUUAUGAUCCAGUCCAGUAACAGCUCCGUUUUAAUCAAAUUCAAGGAGAAAACCAAUUACCAGUUGGUAUACAAAGUUGAUGAAGAUAUCCGUGAUGCUGAUGACUCAUCAAUCAUGGACAUCAAACAAUUUGCUCAUUCUGUGGCAAUUACAAAGAAUUCUGUGUUUCCUACGAAUAAGCUCUUCCUCACUGGUGCUACCAACAUUGUUUCAAAGCUACACUCAUCAAACCUAACUGUCUAUGUACAUGUAUUCCAUAAUGAAUAUUUAUCUCAAGCAUGGGACUUCUGGUCAGACCCAAAUUUUGAGAUCAAUAAUUUUGUCAUGGGAGCUAGGAUCGAUGGAAUCAUCACCGACUUUCCAGGGACAGCUAAUGCAUACAGAAAUAACCGAUGUUUGAAGAUGGGCAACAGAAAACCAAGAUAUAUGAAUCCUGUUCUACCUAACGGUCUCCUGUCACUUGGGAAUCCUGCACUUUUACCUUCUGUUGAGGCUCCAAACCCCGUCCUGACAGAAUCCGAUGUGGCAGAGCCACCAUUACCUUCAGUUACAAAGAACACAUCAACCAGUGGGAGUGGGACAUUUGCAUCUCCUCCAACCUCACCGAAGUCAAGCGGACAGACAGAGAGUACUACCUACUUAUUAUCAUCUUUGGGCAUUCUCCUCACAUCUCUUCUGCUUUUCUGAAACCAGUAACCUAUUACUCUGCCUUAUCACCUAAAAUAUCCAUGCCAAUACUCCCUGCAACUCCUCCAUUCUCCAGAUACCACAAUAAGGUUUCCUUAUAUAACCGUUAAAUGUAUUCUUGUAUUGCUAUCUCGCUGUUUCAGAUUGUAGGUGGUUUGGGGUUGACGCGAUUAGUCACUUUUAAAAUGUAGUUUUUCUUAUUAUUACUUUUUUUGGGAAUAUGAACGCCUGUAAACAUUUAUGUUACAUAUUUGAAUUGCAUUUCUUGUA